CAGUCACUUUGUUUCUUUGCAUCACAUAACAUGCGCCGUAGUCGUUGCUAAUACUCGGGUACUCUUUUCUAGAGUUAUUACUCUUUUGCUUGUAAUCGAGCCUUUCUGUCAUAUUCCUACGUCCGGCCGAGCCUGCCAGAGGGCUGUCACUUAUCACGUUCCUUUCUCGUCGCUCAUUUUUUUUUUUACCAAACUACCAACAUGGCCUCUUCCAUGUCUCGAAGGUCACCCGUGACGCCGCCAUACGACGAUGACUACAACCAAAGUCCAAAGGGUCUGCGGGGUUUGGCAAUGAGGAGCAGUCCAACAUCGGCCUGCCUGCCUGUUCCUACCAUGACGUUCUCUCCGCCCGCGACGCCUCGAAGCUCACGACCGAAUAAGAUGUCCUUGCGGCUGAGGAGCAAUUCUGGCCUGUCCUUACACACAAACGAAGACGCCUUCCGUCGAUACACCGACUAUAACCCCGAUGGGUCCCCGAGAUCCCCGACAUUUGGGCCCGGUAUCUGGUCCAGUCUCGACAGCGUCUCAACAAGUUUGCGCCAAAGCUUUGGACCACCAGUCAUGGAGAUCGAGCCAGAAACUUUGUCUAUACCGGACUUCCUUGGUCGAGAGGUUUUCCAAAUGGUUCUUGCCAACGCAUCCGUCUCUCAACGUUUCUUCCAUUUCGCCCAGAAUCAAGGCUGCGGCUCGGACAUUGAAUUUCUUCUGAAGACCCAGGAAUAUGCGAAAUCAUUAGCACUUUUUGGGAAACAAGCCUCGUCAAUGCCGACACCAGCGAAUCUGCCUUCAACCGUCUCCAAGUCACUGAAUGCCGACAUGAAGCAGAUGGCGAACUCUGUUCUCCCGGGUCUCGAGUCGAUGUUUGCAGAAUCUACACGAUGCGUCGAGCAACGAGUUGCUCGGUCUAUCUACCCGGUAUUCGUGAAGCACCAGCUUGCCAUCUCCACCUCGGCAGCUCUAUCCGGUACUCGUGUCUUCAAAUAUCCUGGUCUUGCCGAAUCAUUCUGCCUGACGGACGCCUUGAGCCCAGACUACCCCAUCAUCGCGACAUCAGAUGCUUUUGUUUCUGUUACUGGGUAUCCGAAGAUUGAAGCUCUAUCCAGCAACUGCAGGUUUUUACAAGGGUCACUGACAGACCAGGACACAGUCAAACGCAUCCGGGAUACCGUCGCGCGUGAGGAGGAGUCUUUGGAGCUCGUUCUCAACUACCGCAGAGACGGCACCCCGUAUUGGAACCUUCUAUUUACCUGCCCGCUUGUGGACUCUUCCGGCAAGCUACGAUACUACCUCGGUGGGCAGAUCAACGUUUCGGAGAACGUUGGUGACUACAAAGACCUUCUCCGGAUUCUCAACUUUGGGCCGGCCCUAGAGGAGGUCAAGGAAGAGACCUCGGGUCGGGAGUCCCGAGUCAGUCGCCGAAUGAGCCGUACGAGCAGCCGAGACAGAAAACAGGAACGGCGGACAAGUCUCCGCAAUAGGGAUAGUCUACACAACAAAGGACCCAAGAAAAGCCUCUUCCAACCUUUCCGAAAGCAUGCGACACACAACAGCAACAAUCAGGAAAACACGUCACCGUCUCAGGGCGUUGGCCUUGGCUUGGAGCAGUUGCUAACGGUUUCGAGCUCAGAAGAGCAUCUUCCGGCACCCACUCAGCUGGACUCUGUUUAUUCUGGCUACAGCCGAUUCAUUGUUUUGCAACAUACCGACGGACCUUCCGCCUUUCCGCCAAGGUCGUCUUCCCUACCUGCCGACCCUAACAAGAGGAAGGCCGCUCAGCUGAGCGUUGCCUUUUGUUCGGCCACCGCGUUGGAGGCGCUCGGCCUCGGCCUUUUUGCCGACAGCAUUACGCACCGAGAUAUUUUUACCGUCCUUUCCGACCUCGCAGACUCGCCGUCGAUUACCAAGAGCUUCAAGAACACGGUGCGUGAACGGGUGAUUCAAAACGGAAAGACCGCCACACUAGAUAUCAUGCUAGGUGGCGGCUACCUCGCGCGGAAGGGUAGUCUCAUUGGCCUCGGUGGGCGUUCGUCCAAAGACGAGUCGGACGGCAGCACGAAGAAGCAUGGACGACCGGUCAGCAGGUCCGGCUUUGCCAGUCUGGUGAGUGAGGCGGGCAAGAUGGAGAAGCUCAUCAGCCAGUGGACCCCGUUAAAGAAUGCUGAAGAGAAGGUCGAGUGGAUAGUUGUGAUCAUCACACCGAUGAAAUGACGAGACACACCCUGACGGUGUGUACUAUUGCCUAUUACAUACAACUAACACUGUAAUUAUAAUGUAUAUGAGAUGAAAUGAAAUGAAACGAUAGCUUGGAUGAAAAGGGGUGGGAAGACUGGAUAAGAUACCUGGGAUCUAUGAUCCCUCAAUGGAUGAUGUACCAACAUUCGUCAGACAUUUUUCUUCUUUUAAAGCUAGGCUACCAUUGGAAGUGACGAAGAAAACUCAUGGUCUCGAAUUGGCGUGCGAGAGGAGCUUUGUGUAGACCGAGGUAGGGACGAUUAGUGAGCUUGGCUUCCAACAAUCCAGUCAACACUCCAAAUUUGAUCUGAAACCCAAAUCAACUAUGGGAAACCGUGUAGACCUAAGUUGGCAUUCGUAGCAAUGAUUUGAGUAUCUG